UGACGACUUCGCUUAGGAACACGUUCCUUCGUGGCUGCGCGUCCCGAUAUGGUGGUCCUUCUGAAUGAGAACAAUAAUCGAAAGAGAAAUUCAUGCAAGAAAGAAAACGUUUCAUAGGUGCUUGCUCAGCUGAAGCGCCGAGAACAAAGAAAGGUCAAGAAGUCAUGGCGGGGGAUCAGAUUCGUGUGGCCACGAACGGUGAGUAUUGGCCACAGGACGCUAUGCGUGGAAUAUAGAGUCCGUGGCAGUGGCCGAAAUUGCUCGUAACCUGUCAAACUCAUUUUUUCUCUUUGUGGCCCGCCUGUGGCAGCUCAUGGCCCCAAACCUCUUUUCGCGUGUUCAUAUCUUUCAGAGACAUGGAUAUAAAAGCACGCUGCAUUCAGUACGGACUUCCUUCAUCUUCGUGUCGAAAUAUGAGUGCUGACUCCUCCACUAUCGGCUCGCUCAUGCAUCCCACAAAGACAAUCUGGACCCCAGAAUUCGUCGAGAAUGAAGACGUCUCCGGACGCACGGACCUCUCGUUCAGCCCCUCGAUUGGCUUCCACGAGAGCCGCAGCCUCCAGCUCCCUAUGCUCCCCAAGAUGGUUCCUAAUUCAGUAAACGAUACAUUUCCUCACAACCUACUGACGGUCGGUUCGAAAUGCACGGCCCGGGUAUUCCUCUGGUCGAAGUUCCGGGCGGCGUACUACAGGUGCUUUAACGUGGACCCCGACGGUGUAGCAGCAAGCGUAUGGAUGGCCGCGACGGUCAGGAAGGAGCUGUGGUCGGUUACUGCGAGUGGAGUGCGAUUGCGCACUUAUAUGGUCGAGGUUGAAGGCCAUGCGUCUGUCCUAAACUUGCAAGUGGUGCCGUUCUUUGGCGAGAUGUGGACGGAGGGAUGGCCUCCCGGACAAGCCAUCGGGAUGUACAAAGAACCUGUCAUGCAGGCGCUCCGCGUCUUCGUCGCCAUCCCGACUAUCACGAAUUUUCAAAAGCUGACGCGGCAGCCAGUGAUCUACUGCGCGAUGAUUGUGUGCUGCGAUCGGCUGAAGCACAUCAAGCGCGGACGGUGCCCGGGAAUGAAGAAAAUCGACUCGCCUUGA